AUGAGCGGCGCCAGUAAAGCCAGGGGAAGUUCUAUCGAUGUGCUCAUUCGUGUGCGCCCAAUGCGAACGGAGUUGCAGGAAGUAAAGACCGCCUGGGAUAUUAGCGCCUCCACACUGCGUGAGAAGGGCAAUCCGGAUAAUCUCUUUACCUUUGAUCACGUCUACGGCACCGACGCCGCAACGCGGUCGCUGUAUGAGCGUAGUGUGCGCAACAGCAUCGUCACGAAUGUUGUCAAGGGAUACAAUGGAACGGUGCUUGCAUACGGCCAAACAGGCAGCGGCAAGUCCUAUACCAUGCUGGGUGGCAGUCUUGUCGGUGACUACAACGCCCCGGAGGGCAUCGUCACACUUGCCGUGCGUGACCUUUUUUCAGAUAUUGAGCAGGAGGAGCAGCGAAAUCCAUCCAUGCAGGUGGCGGUGCACGUGACCGUGAUUGAGAUUUACAAUGAGCAGCUGCGGGACCUUCUGCUUGCGCCGGGAGCGGCAACGGCGCCCUUGUCCAUACGCGAGAAUGAGCAUGGCGUCUACGUGCACAACGCCAUAAAGCGCCAGGUUGCGUGUGCACGGGAAUGCACGCAGGUGAUCCACGCCCAUGUGGCGGGUCGCGUAUCCGCCUCCACUGCUAUGAAUGAAAUCUCGAGCCGCUCACACUGUGUGAUUCGUAUACUUGUGGAGAGGAGCUUUCCGCUUGCGGACUCCAGCGACGCCUCCUCCAUGAGCAGCGAGGAGGACGGGGAGGGGGGCGACUGCGUGCGACGAAAGAUUGUCGCCACGCUUAACCUGGUCGACCUGGCGGGGUCCGAGCGGGUCGCCAAAACCGGCUCCACGGGGGUGCGGAAGGUGGAGGGUGGCCACAUCAACAAGUCCCUCACAAUCCUCACGACUGUCAUAAGUCGUCUGACGGAAAAGAGCAGUGGCCAGGGCGGCGGGGCGGCAGCGACGUUUGUCCCUUACCGGGAUUCGCGACUCACACACCUGCUGAAAACGGCUAUUGGCGGGAACUCCCUGACGGCUGUCUUCUGCUGCAUCACCCCAGCGGUGCAGCAUGUGGAUGAGUCGCGCAGCACGUUGCAGUUCGCAGCGCGCGCCAAGGCAAUCAAGAACAAGGUCUCCGUGAAUGAGGUGGCAGACGCCAAAACGAGGCUGCGCAUGAUGGAGGCGGAGUUGCGACGCUACAAGCGCAUGAUGCUGGCGACAACACUUUACUUGUGGAGCAAAAACGUGCGCAUCAAACGCCUUCAAGGAAAGUUGGACGAACUCCUUCGUCUUGGGGCAGCUCCUCCUCCUCCUCCUGCGGCGGCGGCGGCGGUUCCUCACGCGACACGGACGACGCCAACUGAGCAGCAGCGCAUCAUCAUUGAGCAACUCACGCGGCAAAACGGACAGCUUCAGCAGGAACUUGCCGAGGCACUCGGACGACUCUCGGACCAAAGGAACAGUGCCCAAUCAGAUGCACAUACCACCGCCGCCGCCAUGGGCCUUGCCGACGAUAGCGAGAAGCAGCAACUUCGCGCGGAAGUGCGUGACUUGGAGCAGAUGCUGAAGGAGACGCUUGAUGAGAAGAACGCCAUCCAGGCGUCUAUGGAUGAGUUGGAUAACUUCUGCAAAGAACUCGAGGAGGAGAACGCGGCGCAGGUGGCUGUUAACAAAAAACUGAAGACGACAUGCAAGGAGCUGAAUACCCUCAUUGACGCCAGGGAGGGCGCAGAGCGCGCCGGCAAGGAGGAGGUGACGCUACUAAAGGAGCAACUUGCCAAGACGCAGUCCAAGUUGUUGGAGAAAGGCCGCGGUGAUGAGUACCUGCAGCAGCUGACAAAGCUUCACAUUGAACAUCAAGAGCUGCAGUAUGUCCACCAGCAAAUGCAGGAAAUACACAGUCGCGAAAUGGGCGAGGCAGGCGUCAAAAUGGAGGAACUGCGUGAGAAGAUUGAUGGACUCGAGGAUGAGGCGGCGGAGUUGCGGGAGGCGAGCAAACUACAGAACUCCUACCUCUGGCGGCUGCUUAGCGUGGCCUCUGUCGUGUCACGCGGCAAGGCGGUGGAUGCGGAUGAGACGACUGCCACCGUUCGCGGCGCACAGGUGGACGCCGCAGUUAAAACGCUUACAACAUUUCUGCAGACCUCGCUGGAGAAGCCCCCUGCGGUUCCUGAGUCCCCCGAGGGCGGCCACGCUGGGCCGCGGCAUUGGAAGCCACAGGACGAGCACCAGCAGGAAAAUUUUGGGAAAUAUGGGGCCAAAAAAGGCAAGGGCGAGGCUGACACGGUUCUUUUGAAGCGUAUUGAGGAACUGCAGCAGCAACUGGUGGCAAAGGAUGCUCAGCGAGACGUCAUUGUGGACAGUAAACUGAAGCGCAUGCAAAGUCUUGCGUUGCGUCUUCACACAACGAACGCGGCGCUUAUUGAAGAGUUGCGGCAGUCCUACGCAGUGUGCGAGGAGUUGUUCCGCCUUGUAGACAAACACCCGAAACUUGCACAAAAGGUGGCGAAGUCGGGCCUUGCGCCCAUGUCCUUCAAGGCAGCCGUCGAUCGAGCCUUGCAGGCACAAGUCCCAGCAAGGCCGUAUGGGCACAACUGA